GCGGCCUCCCUCCCGCCCCCAGCCGCCCGGUCUGGCCCCGACCCUGUCCCGACCCCCGGCCUGGCCCACUCCAGCCUGCCCCGCCGAGCGGUCCGCCGGGCACGCGGGCGGCCUCCGGAGCAGCCCAAGCCCAUGAGGGCCGCGCGCCCUGCCGCCGGCGCAGACGAGACGGAGCUCCCGGCCCCCGAGGAGGAGCGGAGGAUCAAUGCGGUUCAAGAAUCGAUUCCAGCGGUUCAUGAACCACCGGGCCCCAGCCAAUGGCCGCUACAAACCAACCUGUUACGAACAUGCUGCUAACUGUUACACGCAUGCAUUCCUCAUUGUUCCGGCCAUUGUGGGCAGUGCCCUCCUCCAUCGGCUGUCUGACGACUGCUGGGAAAAGAUAACUGCAUGGAUUUAUGGAAUGGGCCUCUGUGCCCUCUUCAUUGUUUCCACAGUAUUUCACAUUGUAUCAUGGAAAAAGAGCCACUUAAGGUUAAAUCUCCGUGAACUUGGACCCCUGGCAUCUCAUAUGCGUUGGUUUAUCUGGCUCAUGGCAGCUGGAGGAACCAUUUAUGUAUUUCUCUACCAUGAAAAGUAUAAGGUGGUUGAGCUCUUUUUCUAUCUCACAAUGGGAUUUUCUCCAGCUUUGGUGGUGACAUCAAUGAAUAACACUGAUGGACUUCACGAACUUGCCUGUGGGGGCUUAAUUUAUUGCCUGGGAGUUGUGUUCUUCAAGAGUGAUGGCAUCAUUCCAUUUGCCCAUGCCAUCUGGCACCUGUUUGUGGCCACGGCAGCUGCGGUACAUUACUAUGCCAUUUGGAAAUACCUUUAUCGCAGUCCUACAGACUUUAUGCGACAUUUAUGACCAAUCUGUACUAGGUCUCGAAACCAGUAUUAUUUCAAUUAUGGCACUUGGGAGUGGGGUAAGAGCCGAAGGUUGCACAGAGGGAAAAAGACAAACAAAGACAACUGCACUGACUUCCUUUAUAUCUUUUGAAUAUAAUUACUGUGAAAGUAUAAAAGCUGUGUUCUGGAAUUUCCCUCUUCACAGCAGAUAAAUAAGGUAGUGAAUUAAUUAUUCAUUCCAUUCCACUAUCAUGAAGGACUCUGGAUAGACUUGGCCAACUGAUGUUUACAAAACAGAAUUUUGUAUUUUAAUUUUACAGAUUUUACUACAUGAUUUUUCUAAAUUACUAGGUCAGGUUGUAAAAGUCAGUGCAAUAACAAAGCUUCCUUUUUAGGAGAAAAUUGUUUCUAUCACUUUCCCAUUAGCUGUGUGAAGAAUCAUGGACAGAACUUACACUACUUUUACCAUGUUUCAUCUUGGCAUAACAUGGUUAUUUUUUAAAUAGAAAGUUUCGUUUUUUGUAAAUUUUUAAAGAAUAUUUCAUCGAAGCGCAUCUCUGCGGUUCCUCAUUCAUGUGAAUUUUUGCAGCAAGCUGUCAACAUUCCACAAAUGAACAAACAUUAUACCUCUUCUGAUAGUUUUAUUAAGCAUAGAGAAAUUGCCAAUUUUUAAAAACUGCGGUUUUCCAAACUUUUCUGCCAACCUCUGACUCUGAAUUCCAUGCUGCUUUGGGCCAUAUACUUGACCUCGUUUGGUUUACCAGUGAUAGAAAAGUAUUUUGAUAUCAUUAACUUUUUCAAAGGACUCAACUUUUUCUCUAUGCCUUUGCUAUGUGUUCUUCAGGGUCCCUUUCAACAGUGGAUGAGCAUUCAUGUCUGUGUUAUGAUGGUAUUAUUGGAGGGGCCAUCCACGCGAGACUCCUGAAGCGUGUUAUGAAUUACAGUGAAUAGUGGUACUGCCUGCUUGGUGCCCGUCAGUUAAGUCACUGUCACUUAGCUUACUAUUAUCAGUUUGGUACUCAUUUUCAAUUGUGGAACUAGAUGCACAAAUUCACAUUCCUAUCUUUCCCCUGCAUCUCCUGAUUUACUUUUUUCUUUUCUGUAGCAAAAUAUCUAAAAGCAUUGUUUGACAGAUAGAAACCCAUGCAUCUGUAGUUCAUGGGUUAUGUCCUAGCUCAGUGGAGUGGUAUUUAAUAUAUCAUUUUUGGGUUUUGCCCUCAGUGUCUUAUAUUAAGAUUAACCUUAGUUGCUUUGUUUAUUAAUCUCCUGUUGGUGUUUUAAUAAAUGAAAUAACCUUGCCUUUAGAUUGGUGCUGGUAUUGACUGUUUGCAAGUACUGGGUUUGAUCAGUGGAAUAGUUGGUUUGAUGAAACAUUUAGGCUUACUCAUUGAAGUUUUGUACUGAUGCGGCUUCAAAAGAGGGUUUAUUUUGGGUGUGCAUAUGUAGAACUCUCUCAUUUGGGAAGAACUGGUAUUUGCUGGUGAAUUCUUAAACAGGCAAGGCGCCCAGUGAUAACACCAACCAGACCACCCCUACCUGCAUGAUUCUGACCAUCCUGAUGCCUGUGGUUUUGUGUGUAUUCUGUUUUUAAUAUAUUAACUUUUGUGAAUUUAAAGUCUGCUCAAAAGUAACACUGUCAAAACCACUAAAAUGUAUGUAAAAAAUUGUGCUGUAGACUAGAAUAAACUUGUUACUUGGAUUUGU